UUUUAAAAAAAGUUAUAUACAAACAACAUGGUGGAUCAGCUGUUUUCAUUUUUCUCUGACGGAAAUUUGUUUUCGUAAAACGGCGUACUGUUAUGGUUUCAUAGCCAUGUGUGAAUUAAAAUGGGCUCUAUCGCAUCGGUGCUGCAAUGGCAUUGUCAGACAUGCGGCCAAAUCAACCCCACAGAGAGUGUAAAGUGUUUAAAAUGUGGUACCAAGAGGGUGUCUUGUCAUGACAAAGAAGGUUCUAAAGGAUAUUGCAGAGGAGAUUCUUCGCCUGACUACACAAGUCGCACAGGAAAAAGCGACGGAACUACCCCUGGUUCAGAACCCAUCGUCAUACCAACAGAAAACAACUUCAAUAGCGGAUGGUCUUGCGUGGGCUCCGCGCCAGGGCCGAGCCGCGCGUGGCGCUGCGGCUGCGGUCUCCGCAACGUGUCAGCUGCGUGGCGCUGCGCGGCGUGUGAUGCGCUCGCGCCGCACGCGCCCGUCUACAGGCUGUCUGAUGAUGAGGAUCAAGCUUCAGGGAUGACGGACAAGGAUAAGUCUGCCCAAGACAACACUAUGAUAAGAUCCAACACCCUAGCAGUCCCAUCGUAUAAGCCUUCUUCGAGCUACUCAGACGGCCGCCGGCUUAACCUCGACCUUCAGUCUUUGAGGCUAUCACCCACCCAGCUGACAGAUCAUGCCCACGGUGUGACCAGGUCCCUAUCCCAUGGGUCCGUGAUUAACUCCCAGCAGAAGUGGUGGAAGGUUGACGAGGCCAGGGGAACUAUAAACAGACCUACAAGCUUGAUGGUCUCCGAAAGAUAUGGUUACAACACACAGUGCAACCCUCGGGAAUCGUUCCUUAGAAGCCUUCACACAGUGACCAGAAGACCCAAGAAAUGCAGCGAAAGCAAAUCGAAUUGGGAGUUGAAUUACGUGAAGGAAUACCAAAGGGAGCAGAGUAAGGCGCUUCAUUUAAAGAAAUGGGCGUGCUCUAAGUGUACCCUUGAAAAUUCUGGUAUCAGAACACAUUGCGAGGCGUGCUUAUCCCCACGAAUAUCACCCUUGGCCCGGAUUCCUAAUGCAAGAGGACUGAGCGUCACCACAUUGGGUAGACAUGAGACUUUAUCAGGGAGAGACGGUGCUACAUCACUGCCUACUUCAGGAGGGGUCAUGAUAACCGUUCCUGACUGGCCACAGACUGGAAGCACUACCCUAGGGUCUUUCAGGCGGUCGAUAAGCGCCCAGAACUCCCCUGAAAUUCGGCCUACAUACCGCCGGUCUUUCUCCGAGCAGACCAACGCGGAAAGACCAGUUGGGAAGGUCAUAUCCAGUAGACGGAGCCUUAACGACUACCAGAAAUCAUUGGCCAGCUACUGUGGCAGCUUGAAUCGUGAAGGGAAGGAUCUGGAGAAGAAAAUUGACGAAAAUAGCGUGGAGAUUGAUAAAGAAUGCAGUUGGGACACAAAUGCUGAGGGUGUGAUAUACGCUUUGCCGAACAAAGGGAAAUACAAAGACUUGAAUUUGCAGCUGCAAGUUAACAACAACGGGACUAGAUAUUCGUACGUAUCGGUUCAAGAUACGAAGAAUGUGAUGAGCAAUUCCCAGAAUGAGGCUUUAUAUUCGAAUGAUAUGGGAGACGGUGAUUACGCGAGAAUAGAUGAACUGUUGGGAGCGGAGAACUGUAUAUCCCCAGUGGCCGAGUCGGCUGGUGCGAGCAAUAUUAGGACGUCGCAUAUUGGUGCAGUGAAGGACACAAGUGCAAAAGUUCAGUACAUGUUGCCAUCAGUUGGUAAGGUGUCGCACAAUCAACGGGAGAUUAAAGGGCCAUCGCCGCAGCAGCAAUCUUCCCGCGAGAACCGCAUGUGGCAAUGCAACGAGUGCUGGUUCGCUUACAACGCGUGGUGGGCGCGCGCGUGUGACGUGUGCCGCAGCGGCCGCGUGCCGCACGCCGCCGUCACGCUGGCUGCGCGUGACGCACCCGCGCCGCAUGCCGCUUUGGCUGCGCGCGCGCCUGUUAACAGUUCCAGACCAACCAACACGCCUUCUGAAGCCAGUGGGAGUAAGGAACCUAACCGCAACGAGCCCAAGAAGCUAACGGUGCCCAUAGCCUCGUUGGACCACGAUUUGAACAGCGACGAGCUUCUGUUUGCAGUUGAUUCAAACCCUGCGCCGGCGCCGGUAGCGUCAACAGCUACUUGGUCGUGCGCGCGCUGCACGCUCGUCAACGAUGCUGAUGCGAGCGCUUGCGCAGCGUGCGCCGGUUCGAGACCUCAACCACAUAACUACUGGUCUUGCAGCUCUUGCACGCUACGGAACCCGCUGUCUGCGUCACUGUGCCUAGCGUGUAAGACGCCCCCUGUGCCCAAGCACGGGGUCCCGGGAUCUUCGGCUGAAGUCAACCACAGUGGCAUUGGACGCAGUCCGUCACCCAGAAGGAGUUCAAGACACACCCCGGCUUUGCCCAGGCGGGGAGCUCGGCACAAAACACCGCCGCCUGAACCCAAGCCUGAAACAAACGAAUGGGCUUGCACCGAAUGCACUUACAUGAACGCGAGUGGCGCCCUCUCGUGUGAGAUGUGCCAGUCUCCCAAGACUCGGCUUCUGCCCGCCGCGCCAGACCAGCCGCAGUUAGACGAGGACUCACCCGAGGGUUCAGACGGAGAGCGCCAGGAGAGCACCCCUAUGGAGAUACUACGGCUGAGGGAAGAGAGCCACGCGUGGACUCAGUGGCAGGAGGUGUUAGCGCAGUGCGCUGCGAGCGGAGAACCAUACGAAGACUCCUCGUUCCCGGCGUCGCCGCGCUCUCUAUACUACAACGGGAGCGCCGACGCAGGCGCCGCCACGCGUUGGCUGCGGCCCAACCAGAUACACACGGACGCCGACCACCGGACGCCCUGGGUCGUCUUCCGGGACCCUCGGCCUUCGGACAUAUCGCAGGGUGUCCUAGGCAACUGCUGGCUGCUCUCCGCUUUAGCAGUGCUAGCGGAACGCUCCUCUCUCGUCCGAGGGGUGGUAGUGAGGGGCGAACCGAGCGUAGGCGCGUACCAACUGAGGCUGUGCAAGGAUGGGAGGUGGCUGACGGUGACUGUGGAUGACUUGCUGCCCGCGAAUAAGAAGGGACACCUGGUAUAUUCGCAGGCGAAAAGAAAACAACUUUGGGUGCCUUUAAUAGAGAAAGCUGUUGCUAAGUUACACGGAUGCUAUGAAGCGCUGGUGUCCGGUAGAGCUAUUGAAGGUCUAUGCACGUUAACAGGCGCCCCCUGCGAAUCAGUUUCUCUCCAGGCGGGAGGGGCGGGCGGUGGCGCCGGUGGAGGAGCGCCUUUAGAACAGCUAGACCGAGACCUAGUGUGGGCACAGCUGCUGUCUUCGCGACAAGCGUGCUUCUUGAUGGGCGCUAGUUGUGGUGGAGGCAAUAUGAAGGUAGGUCACAGAUAG